AUGGAAGUGCAACUCAAUAUUUCAGUCCUAACCAAGCUCUUCCUUGUACAGUUUCUCUUAGCUUUCUGCGUUGCACAAGAUUUUGAUUUCUUUUAUUUUGUUCAGCAGUGGCCAGGAUCAUAUUGCGAUACAGAUCAAGGUUGUUGCUAUCCCUCGAAUGGGAAACCAGCAUCAGACUUUGGGAUUCAUGGUCUCUGGCCGACGAAUAAUGAUGGCUCUUACCCAUCAAAUUGUGACUCCAGCAACCCUUUCGAUAUAUCCAAGAUAUCAGAUCUUGUGAGCAGAAUGGAACAGGAUUGGCCAUCACUUGCCUGCCCAAGCAGCGGUGGCACCACAUUUUGGUCACACGAGUGGGACAAACAUGGAACAUGUUCCGAAUCCAUCCUAGACCAACAUGGCUACUUCAAAUCAGCACUUGAUCUCAAAGAUAAUCUUGAUCUCCUCCAAAUUCUUCAAAGCGCAGGAAUCCAGGCAGACGGGGGAUCUUACAGCUUGAGUAGCAUUAAAAAUGCAAUCAAGAGCGCAGUUGGUUCCACCCCACGGAUUGAAUGCAACACCGAUGGAUCUGGGAACAGUCAGCUGUACCAAAUCUACAUCUGUGUCGAUGCUUCUGCUUCAAACAUAAUUGAGUGUCCUGUCAUGCAAACUGGGAAGUGCUCCUCCGGUGUCCAGUUCCCAUCGUUCUAA